UUUACUGCGCUUUGUAGGUGGAGGCCAGGCCCUCCCUCCAUGGAGCUGCUUCCAUUGACACGCCGCAGAUGCGCCACAUUAAGAAAAUGAGUGCCUUGACUAGUGAUAUUAAGUAUAAGGAGAAGUUUGACAAGGAGGUAAAAGGAAAGAAGCCGCAGUUUGACCUGAAGGACACCAAGAUUUACAAGAUUAUGAAGGACGCCAACGUGUUAGCAAGUGAAGUGAAAUACAAGGGCGAUCUGAAGAAGAUCCACAAACCUGUGACCGACAUGGCUGAGUCUCUGUCCAUGCAGCACAGCCUGAGCACCAGCAAGCUGGCCAGCAGCGUAAGACUCCCAUCAGAUGUUUUACCCAGGGAGCUGUUCAUUUUCAAAUCAUCGUUUCCUUUUAUAUAACACCUCACACUCACAUCUGCACAUCAUCCACCUCCUUAAACACAUCAUCGCCUUAAACUGUCACUGGCUUCAUCUGGUAGU